UUCCAGUGAUGUUCUCCGACAUAUCUCUCGAGAUACCAAAAGCCAUUGAUGAAUUAACGGCCUGCCAGAUUUUCGAGAUAAUCAUAGGCCGUUCCUUUCCGACCUUUCCCUCCAAUAUGUUCUGCUUCCGAGUCCUGGCUGUUGGGAAGUAAAGAGUGGGUUGAAACGCAGAGCGGCCCCUAAAAACGGGUUGCUUGACCAAACACCACUGAUGCAUAUAUUAGGUAGCUAUUGAAUUCAAGUCAGACCUUUCAAGACUCUCACCCCCCACACUCGCCCCAUCGCUUUUGGGCUGUUUAGGCCGUCGAUUUCGGUGAUUACUCUCACUCCUGGCUUCGUGCAGCAGAACUGCCCAGAAAACUCUGACAAUGGCAGGAAUAAAUGGCAGGCUCAUGUUUUGUGGCAUGGCUUGAAUCGUCAGCUCUCCUGAACCAAGCUCCCGGCAUGGACCGUUGGUCGGAGAAUUGCAAGAUCGAGCACAGAAUGGGGUUCCGUGAGAUGGCUCGUCUGCCCUUUGAGUCGGGCCUCUCGCUUUCCUACAGCCUUGCAAGUUGCUCGUGGCAUGAUCCCUUGCAGAAAGAAGCCAAUCAGGUGUUGCGAUACGCAGAAAAGAAAGCUACCAUGACGCUGAGCAGGCGUUCCAUUCUUGCUGCUGGCUAGAUUUGAAAGUGGUUGGCGCCCGUGACAGGCCUUCCGGCCGGCGAGCUUACCAGGAAAUAACUACUUGUACUACUUGUUGAAGUCGCGAGCCAGUCACUUCCCCUGUUGGAUAAAGGCAAGGACAAACCUCAAACGCGGGUUAUGCACACGAAGUCAUGCGGCGCAAGACAAGACCAAGAAACCUUGACAUGACAAGGUCCAUAUCCUUUCUUUGGUGUCAGCAGCUGAAGAAGGGGCCGGUCAAGGCGUCACGAAACGGUGACUGGUAAUCCUGGU